AAAAAGUUAUAUAACAUUACAUGCUACAUCUACAACACGGUUCACGGUUGUGUUCAAACCAUAUUUAUGAAUAAGUUAUUAGCUUUUCGCAUUCUUGUGUGUGUGAUUGGCAUUAUCCUUUCAAUAUAUGCUUAUUACGUGGAAGUGGCGAAAACCAAUGACGUAUCUUAUGAAGCAUUGUGCGAUUUUAACGACAUCGUCAGCUGUUCUGCCGUGUUUUCCUCAAGGUAUGGCAAGGGGUUUGGCCUCCUUGAAUAUCUAGUUGGUGAAAACCACAUUCUUAACCAACCUAACAGCUUAUUUGGAAUUGGAUUUUUUUCAAUUCAAAUGCUGGGAAUAUCUCCCAUGAACAAGACAUUCAAUUGUUUUCUGUAUAUUCUUACUGGUGGAGGGAUCGUUAUUUCAAUAUAUCUCGCUUGUAUUUUAAUCUUUGUGUUAAAAGACUUUUGUGUUCUUUGUGUAUCAACAUACGUGUUAACGAUCAUUCUUCAUUACUUAAAUUAUAAAUUACUUCACCAUAAUGUCAACAGUCAUAAAAAGAUUAAUUAAUUAAUCGUUUCAAAAAGACCUAAUUCUGUAAUUAUAACACCGGUGUAUUUGUAUAUUUUUACCAUUCUUUCUGCGUAAAUAUCAAUUCAAAGCCAACUUUUAAAGGCAGCAAUUUGAAACUGAUUUUGGUGGCUCUCAUAGGACUACUCAUACCGCAAUUUAAUGUUUCAUAUUCCUCUGUUUUUGUGCAAUAAAAAUCAGCAAUUUGUUUAGAA